ACUUCAGUCUUCUCCGGACCACGAUUCGGAUCGGGAUACGCAUCUUGGACAAAGUGUGUUACCCUAACCUUAAAGCGUGAGGUCAUUAUAUUAUAAUUGUUAUUUUGUUUGAAUUCUGUUACAUCGCCGUGAUCUGUUACGUGACACGCUGCUUACUUUUAAUCUGUGCAGGAAGAAUAUCUGUGCGCGACUUUUAACACACUCGUCAGCCAAUUGAACCAGCGUAAACGAACGAUGAAUGGAGAGUUAUUUGUUUUGUGACGCUUACUGUCAUCGUCUCGGAUUUAAACAUGAAGACCGAGAUCGAAACGGACUCCGAUUGCCCAGACAGCUUGAUCUGCUCGAACAACAACAACAACAUAACAAAGUCAAAGAGCAACAUCACCGAGAGCAACGAUGGCGCGGAGAUGGACUGCGGGGGUUGCGGGGAGAGUGUGCGGGAACGUACAGUUUUGUGCGUAGGGGGUAGGACCUGGCACUCGAGGUGUUUGAAGUGUUGCGCAUGCGCAAGACCGCUUCACGAUCAGCAUUCCUGUUUUCUGCGCGGCAUGAGGCUCUACUGUAGACACGAUUACGCGCUGACCUUCGGUGCCAAGUGCGCCAAGUGCGGCAGGAGCGUCGGCGCCGGGGACUGGGUCCGCAAAGCCAGAGACCGGGUCUACCAUUUGGCCUGUUUCGCCUGCGACGCCUGUUCCCGUCAGCUGUCCACCGGGGAGGAGUUUGCUCUGCUGGACGCCAGGUUGCUCUGCAAGGUUCAUUACCUUGACGUGGUCGAGGGUAACAACACCUCGUCCUCGGAGGACUGCGAUUCCGAGCACGGCGGCAAGGGCAGCAAGACCAAGAGGGUCAGGACGACCUUCACCGAGGAGCAGCUCUCCGUUCUCCAGGCCAACUUUCAGCUGGACAGCAAUCCGGACGGUCAGGAUCUGGAGAGGAUAGCCCAUGUCACUGGGCUCAGCAAGAGAGUGACCCAGGUCUGGUUCCAGAAUUCCAGGGCGCGACAGAAAAAGCACAGUGGCAAGAUCAAGACUCAGAUGCACCAUUCACCACCUCUGCAACAUCAUCCUGGCGACCUGUACCCAGCUGGAGUCAACGUGGUCGGAGCUUACCUAGGUAACUACCAAGGCGGAAGUGUAGGAAGCGAAAGUCCAGGAAGUCCACUGACACCCCUCACGCCGUUGACGCCACUCACCCCCACAACACCGACUCAUCUUCAGGCUCAAUUCUGUCAUCAGAGUAAUCAUCCGGGCGCCAAGGCCGGCUAAGACCAGACUCUCAAACCUUCUUUAUAUUUUUUUAAUUUCUUUUUUUUCCCUUUUGUACAUUUCCCUUCAAUCCUUUUUCUUUUCCAUCCCAAUUUCGCCUAACUCAUCCAUGUACAUAAGGCAAGGAGGUCAGGGUACCAUUGUAAAUAGAUAUUAGCUAGAGACUAAGGGCAGAUAUGCAUCUACCACUUUAUUUAUUCCAUGUCCACUAUAAUCAUGUACUACACAAUGUAACGCCUGUGCACCAAGUGGAUGGUAUUCCAGGUAGAAUGAUCCACGAAAAUUGUAUAAAGUGUGAGGAAACGGUACAUGAGUAUCCGCCUUUGUAAUAUGUAACGUGCGUAAUGCGUGAUGUAUAAAAAGAGCAUAUCUUGGAUAUCGACAGUAGAUCCAAGGCGUUAGUUAAGGUCGUUUACAUACACGAGAAUAAGUGGCUCGUGUUAACGUUAUAAA